GAAGGAAAUCUCAGCUGCUUAGUAAAUGCCCUAAUUUGAUUUAUUUACUGCUCCCUUCCCCCACUCAAACUGUUCUGCUAACCUGUUAGUCCCAACUCAGACAAGUAAGACCUGCUAAUCUGAUUAGUCCUGACACACAGGAGCAAGGCUGCUGGGAAAAGCUGGACCCUUACAGCUGUUUCAGGCUUCAGCUUCGAUCACAACGUUAUGGGUUAGCUGAAUGUAUACUGCAGUGUGACAGAAGCCCGCAGCAUGCACACAAGUGAGCAGUGUGACCGUCACUGAAGAAUUCUACCCUGGGUCUGAGGCCACUGGAAUACAAACCAUGUUUCGUGUCACCUUCAAUGUAGUGACAGAGAAAGUUACCUUCACCUUGGCAGCCUGCCCCUCGGCCACAUGGAAGGCAGCACCGCCUGAGGAGCUCAGCUCACCCAGUCGAUGUGAAGGCAAGGCAAACCAAGGUGCAGCAGAUGAAGGGGAGGCAGCCAGGUCAGCUGGUGGAGACAGCAGUGUUGCUUUGAGCUACCCCAGCCUCAGCCUCCAUGCCUACAGCAUCGAGAGCAUGACAACAUUUCCGAAUGGCUGUGGAAAUGGCACCACUGUUACGUGCAUAGUUAUGGAUAAUAAAGAGCCCCAAAACCAGACUACCUGUGCCAGUCAUAAUGGGGGACACAGCACCAGCAACAGUCAUGAGGAAGAAUUUCAAGAGGAUAAACUCAGCCCUUCCAAAAUCAUGCGCUUUUUCACCACCCCUCGGAAACGGGCUAAUUCGAGCUCUGACAGGCCUCGUUCUCUGGUUUUGAUGGGCAACUCAUCCACAUGGAAUGCCUUAUCUUCUAUCAGAAAGAUGGGAUCUUUCAAGAAGUUGAAAUCUUCAGUUCAACAAGGAAUUCAAACAAGGGAAUCCUCAGACAUCUUAAAUGAGAACAGCAUAGGCAAACAUGGUUCAAAUGGGGCAGUGGUGCAAGUUCAGACUAACAGGUAUUCCUGUUCGGGGCCUCUACAUGAUUUCCAGAAUGCAGUGGAUGGUUUAGCUUCUGACUGCUCUGAUGCGGAGGAGAGCGAUGAGUCUUUCCUGAGGAACACCCAUCGUUCACGCAGCAUCAGGCGGGCUUAUGGUGCUGGCCGCAUAAACUUGCUAGACACAGAUAAAGUUCAGAGUCGCCACAACUGUGUUAGGCCAACAUCACCUGUCAUUGCAGAGCCAAAGAUCUGUGAAAUUUUGGUGAAAGACUCUGAAAACAACAGGAUCAUUUAUCGGAGAAGCAAAAGUUCAGAUAAUUUGAACUUUCUGAAGAAAAGCUCAUUCAAACGGAAGUCCACCUCAAACCUUGCUGAUCUGAAGCUUGCAAAUGAAAAACAGGUACCAGCAAGGACUGUGAGCGUUGCUUCUGCUGACUCAGACAAAAGUGGUGGAAACCCUGAGAGGAGAUCCAAGCGGUGGAAGAGCCCUAUCAGAGCAAAGGAUUUUGACAGAGUUUUGAAACUUGUAAGUAAUGUUACAGAUGUUGCAUGGAAGAAGGAUGGCCCCAAGAGCACGGCUCCUUCUCCCAGCGAGCUGUCCCAGAGAACAAAGUCAAACAGCAGGCUGCACGAUGACUACUCCCGCAGGGUUUCCAGCUGCACGGAUCAUGACAGGAAGAGAUGCACCUCCUCAGUAUCCAGUCCAGACUCUUCCUUGCCAGGAACACCUUGCCUGCAAAGCCCUGUGACUGCUCAGGAUAAAGAGGCUGAAAUGAAUAUAUCUGUCACUGAAGAUAAAAGCCUCAGGACAUCAUCAGGUAUCCCAGACUCUGAUAGCUUUUCUCCCACGCUGAACGACAUUAGUCCAUUUCCCAAUGAAGUCUUUUAUUCGGACUCAGAUGAACCAAAAGCUACCCAGCAGUGUACAGAUGAAGCCGAAAACCUUCACCUUCCAGUCAGGCCAACUACUCCAAAGCCUCAAAGUCCAACUGCAGGGAAGGUCAAGUGCAGUAUGAAUUUCCACUGUCCAAACCAUCACAGCACGUUGUCGCUGAGCUCAUCAGAGAGUGAGGAGAGAGUUGAGAUACCAGGGCUGAAGCUGGGCAGGAAUCCUGUUUGCUUCCAGGACUCAGUGCAAACUGUGUACUAUGAUGAUGGAAAUGAAGACAGUGGCAUAAGCAGCCACUCUCAGCUGAGCCUCAAUUUAGCCUCUGGUACUGAAGAGAAAAAGGAAGAGGUUGUUUCUGAUGACCACUGGAAGAGGUCCACAUCCCAGGAUGAAGAAAAGGCAGACUCACAAAAGGUCACACCCAGGAAAUGGGGCUCUGGAAAAAGAUCCCGGCCCAGACCUCUCUCAGACUAUGGCCAAAUGUCGAUCCGAAGUUUCUCUAUACCAGAAGAUGCAGUUGCAGUGGAGUCUCAGAGGACAGACUGCAUGGAUGGAGAAAAUCGGCCAGGACUGGCAUCCGUUGGGUCUGUGAUGCAAAGCAAUACUGUAGGCUACCACAGAGGGGGAAAAAGAAGACCCAUCUCCGUAAUAGGUGGGGUCAAUUUCUAUGGAGAUGAUCAAGUAGAAGAGAGAGAAAAUCUGCUGACACAACCUGUGACACGGCCACCCGUUCCAGUACACCAGGUGCCCCCGUACAAGGCUGUUUCAGCCAGGUUCCGGCCACUCACCUUCUCACAAAGUACCCCCAUCGGCCUGGACCGAGUGGGACGGAGGCGGCAGAUGAGAACAUCUAACGUUGCUGCAGAUGGUGCGACUGAAUCUUCAGCCUUAGUGGAUGACAAUGGCAGUGAGGAAGAUUACAGCUACGAGGAGCUCUGCCAAGCUGCUCCCAGGUACCUGCAGCCCGGAGGGGAACAGCUAGCAAUUAAUGAGCUGAUAAGUGACGGCACCGUCGUCUAUGCAGAGGCUCUCUGGGACCAUGUCACUAUGGAUGAUCAAGAGCUGGGCUUCAAAGCUGGAGAUGUCAUUAGAGUUCUAGAAGCUUCCAACAAAGACUGGUGGUGGGGAAGAAAUGAGGACAAGGAAGCCUGGUUUCCAGCUAGCUUUGUCAGGCUGCGAGUUAAUCAGGAAGAAGUGCCAGAAAAUUGUAGUAAUAUCCAGGACGAAGAACAAGAUUCAGAUAUUAGCAAGCAUCGCCAGAAAAUAGCUGAAAACAGGGAUCAGAUGAGAACGAACGUUAUACAGGAAAUUAUGAAAACAGAACGAGUCUAUAUCAAGCAUCUCAAGGACAUCUGUGAGGGUUACAUUCGGCAGUGUCGCAAACAUACAGGAAUGUUCACUACAUCUCAGUUAAGCACCAUUUUUGGAAAUAUUGAAGAUAUUUACAAGUUCCAAAGGAAGUUUCUGAAGGAUCUUGAGAAACAGUACAACAAAGAGGAGCCUCAUCUAAGUGAAAUAGGGUCAUGUUUUCUUCAACACCAAGAAGGCUUUGCUAUUUAUUCAGAGUAUUGUAACAAUCAUCCCAGUGCCUGCAUUGAACUCUCCAAACUAAUGAAGCAGGGCAAAUACCGCCACUUCUUUGAGGCCUGUCGCUUGCUUCAGCAGAUGAUUGACAUUGCCAUCGAUGGUUUUCUGCUCACGCCUGUUCAGAAAAUCUGCAAAUAUCCUCUACAGCUUGCAGAAUUGCUCAAAUACACCACUCAGGAGCACAGUGAUUAUAGCAACAUAAAAGCUGCAUAUGAGGCCAUGAAGAACGUGGCAUGCCUGAUCAACGAGCGAAAACGGAGAUUAGAAAGCAUAGACAAGAUUGCACGUUGGCAAGUCUCUAUCGUAGACUGGGAGGGACCAGACGUGUUAGCCAGAAGCUCAGAACUGAUCCACUCAGGAGAACUGACCAAAAUAUCAAAACAAGGCAAAAGCCAGCAGAGGACUUUCUUCCUUUUUGACCAUCAGCUUGUCUUCUGUAAGAAGGACUUGCUGAGGAGGGACAUCUUGUAUUACAAGGAUCGUAUUGACAUGGAUGAGAUGGAAAUUGUGGACACUGAAGAUGGCAGGGAUAAAGACUUCAACAUUAAUGUCAAGAAUGCUUUUAAGAUAAUAAACAGAACAACAGAAGAGAUUCAUUUGUUCUGUGCAAAAAAACAGGAGGAUAAAAAGAGAUGGAUGGAGGCGUGUGAAAGUGAAAGGAGAAGAGUUCGAGAAGACAAGGAAAUGGGUAUGGAAAUCUCAGAAAACCAGAAGAAACAAGCCAUGCAGAAUGCCCGUAAGUCAAGGCAAGGAAAAAUGAAAGGUGUGAGCUAUAAUGGGUGUCCUGUGCCUCCUCCACACCAAACCCUACAUCCCCUUCACCAGCGACACAUCACUGUGCCUACCAGCAUCCCGCAGCAGCAGGUCUUUGCCCUGGCAGAACCCAAGCGGAAGCCAUCCCUCUUCUGGCAUACCUUCAACAAACUCACUCCCUUUAAAAAGUGAGGGGCCAAGGACCUGGAAGGACAUCAGCAGAGAGGGAGACUUACUCUGGAGGAGGACCUUGGAGACACAGUCAAGCUUACUUGAGCUCAGCGAAUCUCCUGUUUCAGAGGCAGAACCUUGUGUUCCCUUGCACCAGGAAUGCAGCCUUUGUCUUGGAUAAGAAUGAAGUUUGUCAAGGCUGCUCUGAAGUCCGUGUUGCCAAGUGUCAGCAUUGCUGAUGAAGAGCAGUCUCUCUUCUGACAAAGACAAUUUGCUCUUACUCAGAAACAGCAGUAUUUGAUCUCUGUUUCUUAGUUAUGUUGAACUAGUGAUGGAAUCAUGCAGGUCAUUGUAACAUUUCAUUUUUCUUAACCUUAUAUUCAUGGCCAAAUUUUAGAUAGGGAGGAAUUUUUCCUUAGGGAUAUAUCAGGAAGGAGUCUUAGGAGAGUUUUCUUCUUCCUUCUGCAGUGCUGAGCACAGAUCACCCAUUUAAAUCAGAUGGAGAUAUCCCAUGUGAUUAACCAGCUAUUGCAGAAUUUAGUGGACCCUAAUCUUUCCUGUCUUUUUUCUAUUACAUUGCCAAAUGGCAGGAGAACGUCCCGCAAGGCCUUACCAUAUUCCAGAUUGGAACAGGGAAAUAUUAUUCUGUCCUAUAGAAACAUGAACAGAGUGUGAAAUGGACUGUAAAGAUACGUGCAUUUAUUGCACAAAAGUGGAAACGAAAAGAGCCCAGGGCAUCUCGGAUUGAUUAAUUUCAGUCAGAGCAAGAUACUGCAUGCAUGUAUGCUCUUAAAUGUAGAGCUUUUAUAUUACUUUUCACGCACUUCUUCACCUGGGAGACUCUUCUUUGUAUUUCCAAUAUGCUUAUUUCUCUGUGUAAAAAAUACUUUUUUAUUUUCUCACGGAGAUAAUGUGAAUAUACAAAGUCAGAGUUGAGACAGAACAUGGUGACUGCUGGCUAUGUUGCGUAGGUCUCAUGCUUUUUAUUCAUAUAGUUGGACUUAGAAAAUGAAUAAAUAGUAAUGUAAAUAUAUUGAAGCGGUCUGGAUCCAUGCUUCUUGUACACAGUCAGUUGACAAUGGGUUUUGACCAAUAACUUCAUCAAAAAGAAAGAGAAAUCCUUACUGGAAGGGACAAAGAAAUUGUGUGGGUCAGAGAUGGAUUUUUGUCUCGGUGUCAUCAGUCCUCAUUGGAAGGGGAAGAACUUGACUUGAUUAAGGUCAGCUCUGGCCAGCAUAUGCAAUCCGUGAUUUGCAUUGCUUCAAUUUGUGUGUGGCAUGAAGUUGAUCUGGGAGAAUAACUUUUAAAAAGCCACCAGGAAGAAAGAGGAUCCUGAUAUUUGUAGCACUGAUGAUUUCUGCUUGCUUGCUCUCAUCAAGGGUGACAAGACUGGUGGGAAUAUGGAAGGAAAUAAAGACUCGAUAUGUUUCAGAACUGAUUUGCUAUGAAUGUCUUUACAGUACUUUAUCUUAUGCUGCUGAUUAGGGGCAUUACCUGAUGAUUAGGAUAGAUCCAAGGGUAGUCUUUGACAAUGGGCACAAUCAGCUUUGUCAUGGAUCUGUAAUAUCUGAAAAACAAACAAGGGGCUAGAGGCCAGGCAUCAUAACAACAAUGUAAAAAAGCCUUAUUUUAAAGAUGUAUUUGUUCCUACUACUAUUGUUACCUCCAUAUUUUUAUUUAUCAUCAGUGUUGUGAAGCCCACUAGUAACUAGAUUUUGUGAUUUCCUAACUUUAUGGCCACUUCUGCAAAGCCCAUGUUUGUGGUUUUGAUUUUAAAUUACAUCUUUUGACAACUGUACAUUUCAAAUGCCUUGUGUAUAUAGUUCGGCAAUAAGGCAAAAUCUGGUAUGCUCAGCCAAAUUGUGCUCUGCAUAGUGAACUUCAUUGCUUGUGCUUUCCCAUAGCAAUGGGAGAUGACCUAAGCUAGUUGAGAACUGGAAAUGCGCGCUGACAUUUGUGAUGAUCCAGCUGAAAGAAAAUGCAUGGGGAAGUCAGUGAAAAAAGCUGCUUGUAUAUUUCUCCAGAUGUUUAAGCCAGCCAUCACUGUACAGAUUUUUUCGAAAAGAUAAUUCUAAAUGCUCAAUUUAAACACAAGGAGCAGACUUCCAAAUGCAGGCAUGGAUGCACACCCUUCCCCUCAAAUGAGUAAGCCUUUUGCGUUUCUUACAUACCCAUUUUUGUGGGUACUUGCCACGUUCAGGCCUGCAAACCAACGAGAUGCAUGUACGGUGCGAGUGGAGAUGAUGUUUUUCAUAAUCACAUUUUGAAAAACUUGUUCUAAGUGCAAAAAAAAAAGUCUGAAGUUGGAUUGCAGUGCUCACCCAGAAACUUUGCCAGCUGGACCUGAAGACAUUAUGAGAUCCACACUUACAUAUGUGUCUUUGCUGAAAUCUACUUCCUUUCAGUGCUUGGUUCUGUGGGGUGCUGGAAAAAAAAUGGUUUGGGGAUCUUUCUUCUGACAUGUCAGUGCCCAUGAAGGCUCUUCCCAUAUAUUAGUGCUGGUGCCUUAGCCCUAAAAAUGAACAGAAAUGUUUGCAUAUGGUUUUGGAUGCAGCAGGUUUUUUCUCAAGAAGUGAAUUUCAGACAGAUAAAAUAUUUCAUGGUGCAGAUUACUCAGGACAGUUUUACAUAUAGUACCCUUCAAAUAGACAUGGUUGUUUUGUAAUGUUCUCUCUGUCUUUCUUUGCAAUAUGACCUUGCAACAGAUUUAAGAUCAAAUAUAGUAAGACAGGCCAAAUUUAUACUAUGCCAUAGUCUUUUAAAAAAAUUAUAGUGAAAUAAAAACACACAAUUAUAUUAUUUAACAAUUAAGACAAAUAUUUACUUGGGAGUCAGCCUCACUUCAGAGUCUGUGGGAAGGAGUUGCAACUAAAAUAUAAAAGUUUGAAUUCUAGCAACUCUUGCCCUGAUUCUCCUUCUGGUGACAAAAUUUAUAUAUAUAUCAUCACAAAGUUGUGAUGGCAACAUCUGUUCUUUUCCACUUGCAUGCUUUUAAGUUACUAUAAAAAAUUCUAGGGCAACUAGUAAGAACGUUUGUGCCUCAUUUAGAUAAAGCCCAGCCAGAGCCUUCCCAAUGGCCUGCUGAGCAGAUAACCUCAGACUUUUUGCAUGAGAUGCAGUAAAAUAUAAUUGUCCUCAAAUGUGUUCCCACUGAGUUAGGAAAAUGCCAAACCAUAAUUGCAUCCAGCUCAGAGCAUUUGAUGUAUAAAAUAAUAAGAUUGUUUUACAAGUGGCUCUUGCCAUGCUAAAUUUCACAUUGAAUUUUAGUGGUCAGUGUAAGAACUGAGUUCAAAGACAGACUUCUCAAAUGUUCCACAUUUUAGUUGUCUUGUGAAAAUAACUAUAUCACAAUUUUGGAGCCAAAGGUCUUUAGCCAUAACUAACACAGUACCUUUCUCUGACUGCCUUUCUGCUUUUUUUUCUAUAUAUGUGGCAUUUGUAUGUAGGCAAUGCCUUCUGAACGAUCUCUAAUUUAAAACUCUUUGUCAUAAAUACUAGGGAUAACUCACAUAUAUUUUUUAUUUCGGUGUUUUGUAACGCUGUACUUUCCAUACAUUGCUUUGCACAUCUCACCCCGUGUGUGUGUGCUGUUACACUUGUUGUAAACGACGUGUCCUGGCUGCAGAGCAGAGGAAUUGGCUGUGGACAGCUGAAGUACAAUGUAUAGGACUGCAGUAGCUUGAUGUGCAUUUGUUCUGGAGUAACUGCAUUGCAAGGUUUAUUUUACUCUUCGAACGUUGUUUGUCAAAUGAAUCUAUUUUCUGGAAAUACGUACAAACUUACAUUCCUAUUAUUUUUCUCUUAUUGUACAUGUUUGAAUUAAAUAAUAUACAAAGCUGAA